UGAUGUGAUGGCGUCAUAUCCUUGUAAUUUGAAUAUCCGGUGGGCGGGGCGGUGUAGCUGCACGGGAGUAGUGGAAUUGAUCCUGGGUGACAGAAUUAUGUUUUAAUCGCUUAUACACGCUAAUCAAGUCACUGGAUGUUCACAGAUCAAACUUCCGUCUCGCUCUGUUUCUUCUUCUAGAACACUAAAGUCAUGGCAGCAAAUAAGAGCAAAAAUCAAAGUUCGCUGGUGCUGCACAAGGUGAUCAUGGUGGGCAGCGGCGGCGUGGGAAAAUCCGCCCUCACGCUGCAGUUCAUGUAUGACGAGUUUGUGGAGGACUACGAACCCACCAAGGCUGACAGUUACAGGAAGAAGGUGGUCCUGGAUGGAGAGGAGGUGCAGAUUGAUAUUCUGGACACGGCGGGACAGGAAGACUACGCUGCCAUCAGGGAUAACUACUUCCGCAGUGGAGAGGGUUUCCUCCUGGUUUUCUCCAUCACAGAGCCGGAGUCCUUCAGCGCCACGUCAGAGUUCAGGGAGCAGAUCCUGAGAGUGAAAGCAGAGGAGGAUAAAAUCCCUCUGUUAGUGGUUGGGAAUAAGUCUGAUCUGGAGGACAGGAGGCAGGUGUCUGCGGACGAGGCCCGAGCCAAAGCGGAAGAGUGGUCCGUCCAGUACGUGGAAACGUCAGCCAAAACUCGAGCCAACGUCGAUAAGGUCUUCUUUGAUUUGAUGAGGGAGGUGCGGACGAAGAAGAUGUCUGAGAACAAGGAGAAGAACGGAAAGAAGAGUGGCAAGAAGAAGAAAAGCCUGAAAGAGAGAUGCACGCUGCUUUGAGCUGCACGAACAUCAAGCUUUCCUGUCCUGGACUGAGCCGUUUCUCUGAUGAAGAGAGAUCUUUUCUCUCCUCGACCCUUUUUGAUGCCAAAUACAAUCGAACCAGAACCGUGAGCCACGGUGGCGACCUCAACUACAACUCUUUUUUUGUACAUUUCUACAGGUUUUCCAAUAUCAAAUCAGUAGUUCAACUCUAAUCUCUGGAAUAUGGAGCUGUAACAUUCCUCAUUCAUGAAACACAAACAGAAUAUAUUGCAAAGUAUUGAAUUAAAUGCGAAAAAACUACUUAGAAAUUAAUUUUGCUUGUGUUUCGUGAAUUUCUUAUUUUUUUACUCUAUCACAUACACAUAAAACAUUUGCUUUUUGAGCUAAAUACUCUAUUUUAUCUGCCUUUUCCUUCCUUAAAGGCAAAGGCAACAGACAUUCUAUGCGAUAUAUAUGCGUUUGUUUGUUUGUUUUGAAUGCAGUAAAGCAUUAUUAUGAAGCUUAAGAAGGUGGUGAGAUUCACAGAUUUCACUAUGCAAACUCAUGAAAUGUCACAAAACAGACAAUUGAUAUUUUUGUAAUUUCACUGAUUUCUCUGCCUGAUGAUUAUAGACCAAAUAAACCUUCUCUGAAUUUGUUAUGAA